GUUUCUGUGUGCAACGACAAUUGUUAUCCUGGCUACAGCAGAAAGAAGAAGGAGGGAGAGAAAUUUUGCUGCUAUGAUUGUGCUGCAUGUCCAGAAGGAAUGAUCUCCAGCAAAAUAGAUAUGGAUGCCUGUGUUGAAUGUCCAGAAGAUCAGUAUCCCAACAAGGACCAAACUAAAUGCAUUCCAAGAGUUGUAAGCUACCUCUCUUACAAAGAAAAUUUAGGGAUCAUCUUAGCUACCUUGGCUAUUGCUUUCUCUUUGAUCACAGCUUUUGUAUUUAUAACUUUUAUUAAACACAAGGACACCCCAAUAGUGAAAGCCAACAACCGAACCCUCACCUACAUGCUCCUCAUCUCUCUUCUUCUUUGCUUCCUUUGUUCCUUGCUCUUCAUUGGACAGCCUGGAAAGGUGACAUGCAUUCUCCGACAAACAGCUUUUGGCAUCAUCUUCUCUUUAGCCCUUUCUUCAGUGCUGGCAAAGACCAUCACUGUGGUUCUGGCAUUCAUGGCAACCAAACCAGGAGCCAAGAUGCGGAAAUGGGUGGGGAAAGGAGUAGCAAAUUCUAUUGUUAUUUUUUGUUCCUUUGCUCAAGCUGGCAUUUGUACUGUUUGGUUAUGUACUUACCCUCCGUUCCCAGAUACAGACAUGCACUCAUCAUAUGGAAAUAUGAUAUUGCAAUGUAAUGAAGGUUCAGCUACCAUGUUUUACUGUGUUUUAGGCUAUAUGGGUUCCCUGGCCAUAAUCAGCUUCGUUGUGGCUUUUCUUGCCAGGAAGUUACCUGACAGCUUCAAUGAGGCCAAGUUUAUCACUUUCAGCAUGUUGGUGUUUUGUAGUGUGUGGCUUUCCUUUGUUCCAACCUAUCUGAGCACCAAAGGAAAAUACAUGGUGGCUGUGGAGAUCUUCUCCAUCUUAUGUUCCAGUGCCGGAUUACUGGGUUGCAUCUUUUCCCCAAAAUGCUACAUUAUUCUGCUGAGGCCUGAGCUGAACAGCAGGGAACACCUCAUGAGGAAAAUAAAAUAA